AUGGAGACGAAACCACUUCUACAAAAACCCAGGAAGGAGGAAUCCCUCCUGAAUAUCAGGAACUUAGUGAUGGGAAACAUUGUAGCUGUUCUGUACAAUAUUGCGUCAGCCUUCCAUGCCCCGACUCUCGACCAGUACCUCUAUAAACGGGUGUCGUUGGAAGUAUUCGGCAACAACACAGGUGACAGUUUCAGUCCAGCCAACGUUACCUGUUUCACCAACAAAACAUCCGAAGGCUACAUUCUUCAGGAAAUGGCCCAGAAAGCGACAGCAAACCAACAGAUGUACUUUUCCCUCGUUAAUAAAGCUGCAGCAUUUUUUGGAUCUCUAGUUCUUGGAUCGUAUUCUGAUUAUUUCGGCAGGAAAGUCGUGUUCAUUUUACCAGCCAUAGGCGACAUGCUGAGGAGUGGACUGCUCACGGCCAUCAUCCAUUGGGAACUGGAUCUGAAUUGGUACUACAUCGGGGAAGUUCUCUGUGGAUUGGGCAGUACGAGUAACGGUAUACUUCUUGCUAGUUAUGCUUAUGCCGCAGACAAUACGCCACCCCGAAAGUCUCGGACAAUAGCUAUAGCAGUCAUAGACACAACCAGGAACAUUGCGUAUGCUGGAACCAGUGCUGCCACAGGGUUCUUCAUACAGGACAUUGGGUAUUUCUACCCAUCCCUCGUGUCUGCUGCCAUCAUGCUGGUGCUCAUUCUUGUUGUAGUCUUUUUCAUAAGAGAGAGUAAACAUUCUCUCAAACAGACCCACAAAUCGAAGGUGAACCUUACCCAGGGGAUAAGGGACGUGGUAGGAAUGUACCUGUUUGACAAUACCUGUCGGGUACGGAGUCUUUUCUGGUUGGGUCUAAUGUGCUACUUCUUCUCCCAGAUGAGUGUUAAUGGACAACUCAAUAUAAACACUUUGUUUAUGUUGAACCUACCGUUCUGUUGGACGCCGGAAAAGAUUGGCUACUUCACAAUGGCAUCUUCGAUGGUGACCCAGGUUCUCGGUGUGCCGAUGAUCAAGGUCCUGCAUUACUGUAUAGGGGACGAGGUCAUUGGCGUCCUCAGUGCCUUUACCGUCACAGUUGCCGACCUUUUGCAUGGCUUUGCAACAACAGACUGGAUGAUGUAUGGAUGUAAGAAAUAA